AUGACUUUCUAUAGGAUUUGUCGCAUAAUUCAAAAUAUGAGGUUUGUAUCUUUUUGUUGUAAAUGUACAGAUAUAUGUACAAAAGAGAUAUUUAGGAAAAUUGUAGUAAAUCGAAAAUUUUCAAGACCAUAUAUUUCAAAUGUAAAUAGAACUCAAUAUAAUGAUAAUUUUUGGUAUACAAUGUUUAUAAAACAACGGAAAUGGACUAUUCCUAUUGGAAUUGGAAUAUCAUUAUUAGCAGCAUUGCAAUGGAGACAUUUAAAAAAAUAUCCAUAUACAAUUGAGAACAACAAUGUGUAUGAUUCAAUAAAUGUUUUUGUGGUAAAGUGUUAUUAUUUUUUGCCAUUUCGAGUAAUAAGUAGAAUAUGGGGUUGGAUAGCCAGCGUGAAAUUACCAGUUAGUUUAAGACCAACCUUAUAUGAAUUUUAUGCGAAAACUUUUGAUGCUAAUUUAGAUGAAAUUGAUGUAGACUUGUCAGAUUUUCCAAGUCUUGUUGAUUUCUUUGUUAGACCACUCAAAUAUGAUGCAAGACCUAUUAACCAAAAUACAAAUAUUGUUUCUCCUGCUGAUGGAAAAGUAUUAUAUUUUGGACCAGUAACUUCAUGUUGCGUACAACAAGUAAAGGGUGUAACUUAUAACCUUAGACAUUUUUUAGGUGAUAUAAGUAUACCUCAUUCAAAUCAUUUUACAUUUACAAAGGAUGAUGAUGAUGUUUACAUAAAAUCCCUUUUAAAAAACCCAAUGAAUCAGCUCUGUCAAUUAACAAUUUAUUUAGCUCCAGGAGAUUAUCACAGAUUUCAUAGUCCAACUGAUUGGGAAAUAGAAUUUCGUAGACACUUUCAAGGAAAGCUUUUAAGUGUUAAUCCUAAAAUAGUCCAAUAUUUACCAGAUUUAUUUUCAUUAAAUGAACGUGUAGUAUAUGUUGGUAAAUGGGCUGGUGGUUUUAUGGCUUAUAGUGCAGUUGGAGCCACAAAUGUAGGUUCUAUAAAAGUCUAUUGUGAUAAAGAUUUACAUACAAAUACUAUUAAAUGGCCAGAGACAAAACUUUGGAAAGAUAUAAGUUUAGGUUGUACGCAUUUAUCUAAAGGAGAAUUGUUUGGUGAAUUUAGAAUGGGAUCUACUAUUAUAUUAUUAUUUGAGGUUCCAAAAGAUUUUAAAUUUUCUAUAGAAGUAGGGCAAAGAAUAAAAGUGGGUCAAGCUUUGAGCGAGUCUAUUGUUGAAACUGAAACAAAGCAAUAUAAACAUUCAUUAUGA